UCCCAAGUAGCCGGGAGCCUCAGAGUUCGGGAGCUAAGGAUCUGGGCGGGCGGGGAGCUCUUCUAGGGAGGCCGCUGGACUUGGAUCGGAGCAGCGCUUAGUAGACGCGGUGCAACCGAAGAGAGCCACCAUGGGGACGACGGCCCCAGGGCACAUUCACCUGCUAGAGCUUUGUGACCAGAAGCUCCUGGAGUUUGUCUGCAACGUGGACAAUAAGGACCUGGUGUGGCUCGAGGAGAUCGAGGAGGAGGCCAAGCGCAUGUUCACCAGAGAGUUCAGCAGAGAGCCUGAGCUGAUGCCCAAAACGCCUUCUCAGAAGAACCGACGGAAGAAGAAGCGCAUUUCUUAUGUUCAGGAUGAAAACAGGGACCCCAUCCGGAAAAGGUUGUCCCGCAGGAAGACUCGGAGCAGCCAGCUGAGCUCCCGGCACCUGCGCAGCAAGGACAAGGUGGAGCAGCUGGCCAUUGUGGCAGCGGAGAAUGGCUCUGUCCCGCGGCGGGUGACCCGUGCUGCGGCCGCAGCUGCGGCCGCCACCAUGGUGGCUGCUUCACCCACCCCGGACUCUCCCACAGUGCUGACCCGGAAGCCCAAGAAUAGUGUCACCCAGUGCCAGCUGGUGCCCGUGGUGGAGAUAGGUGUCGGCGAGCGCUGCAGCGCUGAGCAGCACCUCAGCCGGCUCAGCUCUGCCCGGGCUCCCUCCCCAACCCUGGCUCCAGCCACUGCUCCGGCCUCUCAGGUCACUGUCAUACCAGACGAAGAAUCAACACCCAAGAAGUCAGAGGCUGGGAGACUGGAGUCUGUUGCUGUGAGCUCCCUGAUGGCUACACCCCAGGACCCCAAGGGCCAAGGGGUCAAAGCAGGCCGGUCUGCCUCCAAGCUCAGGAUCGCACGGACCUCCCCAGGCCCCCAGGACUCUCCUGGCUCUCCAGCUUCCCCGUGGCAGCAGCGGGUGCUGGCUCCCCUCCUGCCGGAGAACUUCUCCACGGCCACGGGCUCCCGUGCGGACCGGCAGUCAGUGCGGCGCAGCCUGAUCGCCCCAGCCUCCCUGGAUCCCCAGGACUCUCUGGCCCAAAAGUAUUCCCUGGUGGCCAAACCAGAGAGCACCAUUCGCAGGUCAAGCAGAAGAAUUGCCAAGAAGGCCACCAAAGAGCCUGUUGCCUCUGCCCGCAUCAUCUGCCACAGUUACCUGGAGAGGCUCCUGAAUGUUGAGGUGCCCCAGAAAGCCAGCCCUAAGGAGAACCCCAGCAAGGAGGCUGAGCCUGCAGAGGAGGCUGAGCUGGAGGUCCCCAAGAAUGAAGGGAGUACAUCGUCACCCCAUGGUGCCACCAAGACGGCUAGUAGCACACCCAGCUCACAGCCUGUGUCUUGUGGUCAGGAAACACCCUCCGUAGGGCAGCAAGAGGCCAGGACUGGUCAAGCAGACGGCCCCAAGGAGGCACCGCAGAGCGCCAGGAGGAAACGCAGCUACAAGCAGGCCGUGAGUGAGCUGGAGGACGAGGAGCAUUCCCUGGAGGAUGAGGAGCUGCAGCCCCCCCGGAGCAAGACCCCUUCCCCGCCCUGCCCAGCCAGCAAGGUGGUACGGCCUCUCCGGACCUUCCUGCACACCGUGCAGAAGAACCAGAUGCUCAUGACCCCGACCUCGGCCUCCCGCAGCAGUGUCAUGAAAUCCUUCAUUAAGCGCAACACUCCCCUGCGCAUGGACCCUAAGUGCAGCUUUGUUGAGAAGGAGCGGCAGCGACUGGAGAACCUGCGGCGGAAGGAGGAGGCAGAGCAGCUGCGUAGGCAGAAGGUGGAAGAGGACAAGCGGCGGCGGCUGGAGGAGGUGAAGCUGAAGCGCGAGGAGCGCCUCCGCAAGGUGAUGCAGGCCCGGGAGCGGGUGGAGCAGAUGAAGGAGGAGAAGAAGAAACAGAUUGAGCAGAAGUUUGCUCAGCUGGAUGAGAAGAAUGAGAAGGCCAAGGAGGAGCGACUGGCGGAGGAGAAGGCCAAGAAAAAGGCAGCGGCCAAGAAGAUGGAGGAGAUGGAGGUGCGCAGGAAGCAGGAGGAGGAGGCACGGAGGCUCAAGUGGCUGCAACAGGAGGAGGAAGAGCGGCGACACCAGGAGCUGCUGCAAAAGAAAAAGGAGGAGGAGGAGCAGGAGCGGCUGCGGAAGGCAGCCGAGGCCAAGAGGCUGGCGGAGCAGCGGGAGCAGGAGCGGCGGGAACAGGAGCGGCGGGAGCAGGAGCGGCGGGAACAGGAGCGGCGGGAGCAGGAGCGGCGGGAGCAGGAGAGGGAGCUGCAGGAGAGGGAGAAGGCCCUGCGGCUGCAGAAGGAGAAGCUGCAGCGGGAACUAGAGGAGAAGAAAAAAAAGGAAGAGCAGCAGCGCCUGCAGGAAGAGCAGGAGAAGAAAGCCAAGGAGGCUGCAGCGGCCAACAGAGGCCUGAACACGACGAUGGAUGUGCAGUCUCCAGCUUGUACCUCGUAUCAAAUGACUCCACAAGGGCACAGAGGUCCCCCCAAGAUCAACCCAGAUAACUACGGGAUGGACCUGAACAGUGACGACUCCACUGAUGACGAGGCCCAUCCCCGGAAGCCCAUCCCCGCCUGGGCCAGAGGCACCCAGCUCAGCCAGGCCAUCAUCCACCAGUACUACCACCCCCCGAACGUGCUUGAGCUCUUUGGGACCAUCCUCCAGCUGGACCUGGAGGACAUCUUCAAGAAGAGCAAGCCACGCUACCACAAACGCACCAGCUCUGCUGUCUGGCACUCGCCGCCCCUGCAGGGCACCAGGGUCCCCGGCAGCCUGACCUACAGCCUGAAGAAGUACUGAGCCAGGUCCGCCAACCCCCUCGGCAGCCUCAGCCUCCUGUGUGUGACUGUCUGUCCAUCUCCGUUGGUCUGGUGUCCUGCCUGCUAGCCUGCCGCGGUGGUUCUGGUCACUUGCACAUAAACAUUAACGUUCUCUGUGUGCUGCAGGUGGGAAGUAGCUCCGGCCUGUUUGGAGGCUG